GCUGGACACAACUCUUAUAGACUUUACCGACAUGAAGUGCCAACGAGGGGACCUGAGCUUCAUUUUCACAGGGGAUGCUGCACCCUCUGAGUCCUUUGUAGUCUUAGACAAUGAGCAAAAGGUUUACCAGCGAAUACAUCACGAGGAAUCGGAGAUGGAAACAGAAGAGGAGGUUGACAUCCUGAUGAGCAGUGACAUCUACUCUGCAACGUUAUCCACCAAAUCCAUCACCUUCACACGUGCCCAGACUGGGUGGCUCUUCAGGGAGGACAAGACAGAAAGAGUAGGAAACUUCUUGGCAGACUUCUACCUGGUGAAUGGCCUUGUAUUGGAAUCCCGGAAAAGAAGGGAACACCUGAGUGAGGAGGACAUCCUGCGGAACAAGGCCAUCAUGGAGAGCCUCAGCAAAGGAGGCAACUUAAUGGAGCAGAACUUUGAGCCUGUGCGCCGGCAGUCCCUCACCCCGCCGUCCCCCAACACCAUCACCUGGGAGGAGUACAUAUCUGCUGAGAAUGGCAAAGCUCCUCACCUGGGCAGGGAGCUGGUCUGCAAGGAGAGCAAGAAAACCUUCAAAGCCACGAUAGCUAUGAGCCAGGAAUUCCCCUUAGGAAUCGAAUCAUUGUUGAAUGUCUUAGAAGUCAUUGCACCCUUCAAGCACUUUAACAAACUUAGAGAAUUUGUUCAAAUGAAGCUCCCACCAGGCUUUCCUGUCAAACUAGAUAUUCCUGUCUUUCCCACCAUCACAGCCACUGUGACUUUCCAGGAGUUCCGAUACGACGAGUUUGCUGACUCCAUCUUCACAAUCCCCGAGGACUACAAGGAGGAUCCCAGUCGCUUCCCUGACCUCUAG